CCAAAAUGGAAGAAUCAGAUUGACAAGUUUGUGAUUUUCGUAAUUUAUAUUUUUGGGUUUCAAGUAUUUUUUUACCUGAGUAAGUUUAAAAAUUGUCUUACACAAAGCGAAAUUCAAGAUCGUAUAAGUAUAAAAAAAUCAUAUGUAUCAAUAAUUCCAUUAUUUGAGUGGAUGAUGAAAAAAAUAGCUUUAUUAGGAUGAUAACAAAAGAUAAUAUAAAAAUUCAGCCUUGUCUCGUUAUGUGUUAUUUUUCGUCACAUGUGUACAGUGAGGAUUAACAAGUCAUGAACGUUCCGAGUGCUAAAAUUCAGGAAUGAAUACGUAACUAAGAAAGUGAUUGUAGGAUUUGUGACGUCACUAGAACGAAAAGACAAUAAAAUAUCGCUUCCACUUUAAAAUGUUUAUUAGUUUUUUUAGGUAAGUGCGAGCGUAUUUACACUGACGUAGUAAGGGGAGAGUUCGCGGCGGAGAGGUGGUUUUCCGCGAGGAUGGGCGGCGAUGUCUGCCCCCUCCGAUAGCGCUGCGAGCCCUUCACCAUGUGCAUGCACCAAUAUAUCGCUCAUGCAAUUGUUUCAUGAGCUAAAACAGAAAUUUCCCGGUGUCCCCGAUCAUGUUGUAUCAAACACCAUUGAAUUGUAUUGCCAUGAUAAAAAAGCUUGUGAGACACAUCUUCACAGAGAAGUCAAAACCUCCUUAACGCACGCUUAUCAUGCGUCGUCGCUGGCAGCUGCACGCCAGCUCAAUGAACUUAAGAUCAAUCCACCACUGAAGUGUCGCAAUCAACCCAUUGUAAGGCACGAAGCUGUCAAAUCAACUAAUGUAAAAUCUGUUACUUGCCAAGCUCCUCAGAAAGCUUUAAUAAGCACAAAUACAGAGUCAGAUAUUCCAAAAGUGAACACUGAUGCCAAUCAAAAUGUUGUUGAUUUAAAAACAAAUGAACCCCCUGCAUGCUCGCCAAUCACAAUUGUGAAUCUUGAUAGUUGUUUUGUAAAGUACAAUGCAGAGUCUCCUAGUGAUGUGGAAUUGACAAAUGAAAACAAAAAGGUUGAUAAUGAAAACCAUGCAAGUCAACUGGAAGAAGUAAAGGAACAAAUAAAGGUACCCGAGCAACCCGAAAGUACGAAUUAUAAAAUAUUAAAGAGUAAUAAAAUUAAAUGUAAUUUACAUGAAAGGUUGGAAAGUGCUAAAGAGAAGAAAACUAUAAAGAAAAAUAAGGAUGAGCCAAAAGAUCAACAACCACCAAUAGAAAAACCACAAAGGCCGAAUACAUUGAAUUUUAUAAAACCCAAUCCAGAUAUUGCAUUUAGUGAGAACACUAAACAUCCAGAAGCUGACUCAUGUCGAACUAUUUCCCCAGCUCCAUCUAUACCAAAGUCAGAGGGCAAGGAGCAUAAAAGCAGUCCAUAUAGAGCAGACAGAGGGUAUCCUCUUAAUUUAUCUGUAAAUGUCAACUGUCAUAUGGACUUAAGUCGUGCAUACGCUGAUCCUUGGUUAGAAGAUUACGAGAGUCCCAGAGCUAUCACAUCUGUUAAUUUAACAGUUUGUACACCAACAUCCAACAUGGCUAGUCCAGUGAGAGAGAACAGAGAGGAUGAUGGAGGUUUUGAAGGGCAUGUAACGGUGACAGUCAGUCCAAGCACAACGAGGCCUACAACGAAACGUAGAGCGCCGCCUCCCCCGUCAUCGAGGAUUGAUUCACCAAGACCUACCAGAGUUGCUCCUGAUCCACCAGGAACAGACCGUCUGUUGAUUGAACGUCAAAAGGAGCGUCUCUCCCGUUUGGCGGCAGCACUAGUGCAAGAGAAAGGUCGUUUGGCGCAAUUGAAUCGUGAGACGCAAAUCUUAGCCGCACCCACCCCAACGCCCUCUGCAGCUCAGCGGUUGAAAGACCAUGUGGAACGGCUGAGAGACGAAUGCGAUAUGCUUGCCAAGCGACUUGAGAUGGGUGCUAGGGCACCCAGGGUGAUGCCCGUUCCGGAGAUGGAUGACGCGGGCAACUUCUACAGCAACAUAUACACGGGCCAGCGGCCGUCCUCCUCGUGGCAGUGUCACAUGUGCACCUUCAGGAACCACCCGCUGCUAGACAAGUGCGAGGAGUGCGACAUGCCGCGAAUAUUCGUAGUUCGUGCUCCGGAUGGAAUAACUGUUCGCUUAAUGCCCGGUCGUCGGAAGAUUGUGCGGUCGUGGGUUUUAUGAAACGAAGUAAUGCCUACGAAUUAUACGUUCUCUAAUCUAUCUUAAGUGCAGUAGUUGAAAACAAUCUGUGAUAUUCGCAUUUGGUCAUAAAAGUCUGAUUUUACGUUGAUAUUUUGAGUCACAUUCCAAAUUGUAAGAAGGCUUGUCUAUGAUUGCAUUUUAUAGGCUUCGGGAAAAUACCGAUAAAGUAUGAAAUCAAUUCCUUCCUAUUCUCACUCGAGUGCUCUGUUGUACCAAAUGCGAAUAACUGUAUGUUAUUUACAUUUUAUCACUGCUGCACUUUAGGUGGAUAGGAAAGUACUACGUAGUGAAAAUACUGUAUUAGUACGUACCUAUUGUAAUACUAUUAAAUAUCUUAUCAAUUUUGUAUUUAUCGUUAGAUAUUUCGAUAUUAUUGAGAAAUCUAUAUCAAAGCUUGGAUGAACGUGAGACGAUGUAUUUAUAUUUAUUAUAAUAUGUAUAUGAGUAGGUUUAUAGAGGCCCGUUUCAAAUUAGGAAUUUUUAUACAAGGAAAAUUUUAAUGGAAUUUUUAAUAAAUAAAUGUGAAGUGGAACGGAAAUGGAGUCACAUUUAUAAAUAAAAGCGUAUUCACAGUAAACUCAAUUAGAAUCUAAACUUACUUAUUAUAUCGGUUGAAAAUCCGUAUUUAAUUUACUGAAAGUACUUUGAAAGAACACUUCAAUGCUAUGAAACUAAAAAAAUAACUAUUAUGUACUCAAGCAUACUCAUACAAAUUACUUUUAAAAAAUAUGCAUAAUAACCACAUCUGCUACGUUUCUGCGAAUUAAAAAUUAAUUGUAGCAAAUAGUUAAAAUACCUUCGUAAAAUUUGUUAUUCCAUAGCUAAAAUCUCUAACAUCGAAAAUAUUAAAAAUUUAAGUGUUCAAAUGCCACAGUGUAAUAAGUUGUAACAUUUAAUUGAAUUCAGUUUUCAAUGAAUAUUCAAUACAAUGUAAUUUCUUUAGGCCACGGACGAACAAUAAAUACCUAAAACGUCCAUACUUUGGGCUUAAGGGGACUACAUAAGCUAAAGACUUCAGUAAAAAAAAUAAACUUAACGAUUAAAAACCCUACAAAUACUCGAGCAAACAUUCUGAUAUUCAACU